GUGGACUCGGAUGUCGCACAGACGGCGACUAGCCAUGACAGACAAGCUCGCCUAAACCGCUCUAUCAUACGAAACCUUCGUUCCUUUACCGUCAAACACCGCGAACCAACGAAUCUACCGGAGAGUAACCUGUAGCUCUCGAAGACUAAUCAGAGAGAGAAAGAAGCGAAAUCUCCAGGGAGAGAAACCACUCACACUUCUCCAUACGGAAACGUGUUCGACCUAAACAUGCUUCCGAGAAUUUUUUAAAAUUUUUCAAAGUUGGACUAAUUGGAAGAAUUGGAGAAUCCAAGUGUUUCGAAGAUUUCGCGUCGAAGUUCGGGUGUUUAAGGUUGAAAGAAAAUCGAGAUUUCGGUUGUUGACAAUUUUUCCAGGGGUUUGUUGGAUCACUUUUCACGGUUUUCGGCUUGUUUAAAUGCUCGUUCGCUUAUGUACGACUGGUGACUAAUCGCGAGAGAGUUACGUAGACGCGUGGCGGAACGGUAUCGACGGUGCUUCGCGACCGGCGUGAAAUACAGUCACGGGAUCCACGUGGACUCGUGCACUAUUUCGCGACGCGCUGAAUCGCCGAUUCUCUCUCGUUCGCAGUGACAAUCUUGAAACGUGACUUUAUGUGACACGUCGAGAAAAGACGAGACACCGAGAGACGAGUGUUUCUCUCGUUCGUCGAUCGCUGGAUCCUCGGGAUCAACUUGUCCGAGCAACGUCAAGCCUAUUCCGGACGAACGCCGCCGACGAGGAUACUCGAGGAGAGAAGAGAGCAAGAGAAGUGAAUAGGCGAAGAGAAAAGGAAGUGUGGGGAGAGUCGAGAAGAAGAAGUGUUGGGCGAAAGUGAAAAGAGGAUAAAGUUGGAGAGAGAAUCGCCACUGGGUUGGCUGGCUUCAUUUUUGUUCCCGCGGAUUAUGGAACAAGGACAAGACGUAAAAAUGGUGAAAAGUUCAGCUGACUACGUGAAGGCCAUCGAGAGCGGUGUGCAACCAACUCAGGUGACUGAAACGAAGGUGUACAAGCGACGAUGGCUGAUCCUGAUGAUCUUCGUGCUUUACAGCGCGAGCAACGCGAUGCAAUGGAUCCAAUACAGCAUCAUUGCGAACAUUGUAAUGUUUUAUUACCAGGUGUCCGAUAUGAUGGUGGACAUGACCAGUCUGAUAUACAUGAUAACCUAUAUUCCUCUCAUCUUUCCAGCCAGUUAUCUACUCGACAGAUUCGGCCUCAGGUUAGCCGUCGUGAUGGGAGCAGUUGGCACAGCUCUUGGAUCAUGGAUUAAAGUGUUCAGCGUGGAUCCAUCCAGGUUCUGGGUGACUCUUGUCGGCCAAACGAUGGUCGCUGUGAGUCAAACUUUCGUUCUAUCGGUUCCAGCACGUUUGGCGGCUGUUUGGUUCGGCCCGGACCAGGUCAGCAGCGCGUGCAGCAUUGGAGUUUUUGGAAAUCAGUUGGGUAUAGCGAUCGGUUUCCUCUUUCCACCGAUGCUCGUGCAGAACAGCAAUGAUCGAGAAAUCAGCGGACGAGAGCUGCAAGUGAUGUUCUAUAUCGUGGCUGCUUUUACCACGGUCAUUCUUCUCCUCAUACUUCUCUUUUUCAAGUCGGAACCACCACUUCCACCAAGCCCUGCUCAAGCUGUGCAAAGAGAAGCUGAAUCGACCGAGUGUUUCUUCGUCUCUGUGAAGAAAUUGAUAACAAACGCUGGAUACUUGUUGCUCCUGCUCAGUUAUGGCAUCAACGUGGGUGUUUUCUAUGCUAUCAGCACGCUUCUGAAUCGCAUAGUCCUUAAAUAUUUCCCUAAUCACGAGGAGGACGCUGGAAGAAUAGGUUUAACCAUAGUCUGUGCUGGAAUGUUAGGCUCUGUGGUGUGUGGCAUCGUGCUCGACAAAACGCACAAAUUCAAAGAGACGACACUUGGAGUGUAUUUGCUUUCAUUCCUUGGCAUGAUCAUAUUCACGUUCACUCUGGACUCCAGUAGUAUCUAUGUUCUUUACAUAACAGCUGGUUUAUUAGGAUUCUUCAUGACCGGCUACCUGCCGGUAGGUUUCGAGUUCGCCGCGGAGCUGACGUACCCGGAACCGGAAGGGACAUCAGUUGGCCUUCUGAACGCGGUGUGCCAAGUGUUUGGUAUCGUCCUGACGAUCCUCUACAGCUUUUCGAUGAGCAUGUGGGGUGUAUUCUGGGCGAACACUUUCCUCUGCGCCACGCUUACCAUCGGGUCCGUUCUCACCAUCAUCAUCCCCAAUGAUCUUCGAAGGCAGAACGCCAAAUUUUAAGCGUUGAUAGAGAACGGAGAACGAUCGACUAGUCUUUUUUUACGAUCGAUGAUAUUACGAGAAUAGAGCUUCCAAGUCCAAGGAUGGAUAUUUUUAACAAAAGAUAAAAAGAAAGAGAGAGAGAAUGAAUGAUUAAAGGCUGUUAAAAAUGUUUAAUUCUAUGAGAUUGCCUGGUGAGAUUCUUCAGGACCUUCCAGCCCACGUUACUCUACUGUUGUUGUUGUUGUUAAUAUAUUUUCAAUAUACGUUUUGUUUCAAUUAGUGCAGUAACAUGAACUGAUAUCUGGUUAUAAAGAUAGAGAGUGUAAUUAAUUGGCUUUAUUGGAACGUUCAAAGAGAUUAGUGUGUAUGAUGACACGAUAUUAAGUCUUGAAAAUCUGACGAGGUAGAUUAUAACUAAAAAAAGAAACAAAAAGAUAUGAAAAAAAGUGAACAGGAGUUACAAGAAGAUUCGAGUACUAACAACAGUAGUACACAGAGAGAUAAGUGAACGAUAACGUUGGGCAUGGUUCAAGAUCUGAAAUCGCGUUGGAAUAUUCCACGUCCACUCGUCCGGCUGUGAAGAAGAGAAGAAUUUGUUUUAUAAAUGAGAUUAAUCGUAAUAUCUUAUGCUCAAAGCUCAAACUUGCUUUCCUUGCCUUUGUUUUCCUCUUCUUUCCACUGUGACGACUCUACGGUACAGUGGAACGUUUCUAUCGCGUUUAGAUAACGUCUAAAACUCUUGUAUUGCAUUUCAAAACGAAAGAAAGUCGAACGUAGAGCAAGCUGCACAGAGAUAGUUUUCAUGUAGUUUUAAGGAUCGAAGACUUUUGUCUUACUACUCAAGAAGUUCGAGGAUUGUAAAAGUUCUACGUCCAAGAUUCUUUAUUCCACCGACAGUGCCAUCAGUAUUACUGUCUUCUGAGACUCUGAUGAACCUACCAAAUGAUCUGUCGGUUUAGAAAUUCAUCUGGACGUGGCUUUUGCGUGUUGAAACCUCGAACGAUACGAAUCGAAACGAAACGACCUAGCAUUUUUAUUGAAAAUCAUUCCAAAUGAAUAGUCGUUCGUGGUCGCCCAAGAAGAAACAGAAAUGAUA